GUCUCACGUGGUACGGAUGCAGAUUUUCGACCAAAAACAGAAGUUUUGUGAAAGUCAGAAAUGCAAAAUAAAUGACAGUCAGUCAGCCAUGUUAACUACUUUGAGGUUAACAAUUGUUUCGUUCUGAUUAAAUGCACCCAUUAAAUUCAUUGCAUAAUGUCGAUGUUUAAAGUUGGUGAAAAGGCACCUGUUUUCGUGACUCACUUAGAAUUUGUCGGCAAAGAAUGUCAAGCUUUUUGUCAAGUAGGGGAUGUUGGAGGUCAGGCUGACACGUUAGCAGAAAGAAUAGCAGAGGUUGUGGAAAAUGGAACGGCCUCGCAGGUGUCUGGUUGUACGGUUGGGGAUCUUUGCUUGGCUCUUUUUCAUGAGGAUAACAGUUGGUACAGGGGUCGUGUGCUGUCAAGCACUGGGCAGUCAAUCACUGUAUUCUUUAUUGACUAUGGCAAUACUGAGAAUGUGCAGUUAAACAAUGUGAGAAAGGCACCAGAUUAUGUCCUGUCUAUUCCUGCCCUGUCAACAAAAUGUGUCAUCAACGAUUGCACACCGUUAAGUGGUGUUUGGUCUGCAGAUGAGAAGAAAAAGAUGGAGUCAAUGCUUCAUAGUGCGGAGUUCAAUUGUGAAGUGGUAGAUGUUAACCAGGCAGAUGUAAACAAUGUAGUACAUGUGGUGAAAUUAUAUAAUUUAGAUGCACCAAACACUCCAAUAUUUGUUCGACCAGCAGCAGGAGGGAGCCAGACAAUCAAGUAUCAGACACUGAAGUCAGGAGAGACUCAUCAAGUAUUCAUGGCUUUUGUUGAGUCUUCAAAGAAAUUCUAUGUUCAAUUGAAAAACCAAGAGUCCGAGCUUAAUUCUCUGAUGAAUGACAUUGGGGCGUGUUUUGCUGAAGACUUGCCAUCCACAGGUGAUAUUGUAAACCCAGGAAACGGCCAAGUGUGUGCGGCUUGUUUUUCUGAAGAUGGAGCCUUUUACAGAGGAAUAGUGAAGGACAUUCAAGGAGAUUCUUGUACAGUGUUCUUUGUAGACUAUGGAAAUAGUGAGAAAAAAUCUACAUCAGAAUUGUUUACCCUUCCACAGGCCUUGUGCAAACUACCAGCUCAAGCCAUCCCAUGCCAGUACAAGUCCAUCAGUGAUGAUGUUGAAGACGCGUUGCACAAUUUAACAAAUGAUGAUAAGCCUUCAAUGCUGAUGGUCAUUUCUGGUAAUACAGAAAGGGGAUAUGUUGUAGAAAUUGAAGCAGUUGAAAAACUGUUUGGCAGGACAUUAAGUUCUCAGACCCCGAAAAGCGUGUCCGUGCAACAGACAAAACCAGCAAGUAAGCUAUGGCACAGCUACACCUCCGUGAUAAUGCAGGUUGACAGUAUUUAUGAUGUGUGCGUGUCAUAUGUGGACCAUCCAGGCCAGUUUUAUGUGCAGCUUAUAGCCAAUGCCAAAAAUUUAGAUUUGCUGAUGCAAGCAAUUGAUCAAGUAGCUCACAAUUAUGACAAACUGACAAAUCUGUACACAGGUUAUCCAUGUCUUGCGAAAUUCAGUGAUGGUUCAUGGUACAGAAGUGAAGUGCAAUCAGUAGAAGGUGGGCUGGUUACUUGUGCUGCUGUAGACUUUGGCACAGUGGAAACCCUUCCCCCUACACAACUUAGGAACAAUGACAUUAACUUCAAACAGCAGCCUGCUCAGGCAAUAAAAUGCACCAUCGAUCUAAGGAAGUGUGAUUCAAGUUCUUGGACUUGUACAGAUAUAGACAGUUUUAAAGCGCUGACAGAAGGAAAGGCUUUGGUUGCGAAAGUUACGGGGAGGCAUGGUUUUUUGUAUGAAUUAGAUCUGUAUGAUAGCAAUGAAAGAAGCAUUACUGCAGAAGUUGGUCAAGGUAAACAAAGACAGCCGUCUCAGCCUGUUCGAAGACCCCCUCCAGUGCAGUCUCAGACUUUCCAUCAGCAAGCUAAACCAGCAGCCCCUGUGCUUGCAUCAGUUAACAUUGCUCCUCCAGAAGUUUCAGUUGGUUCAAAGUACACUUUGUGUUGCACAGCCGUUAAGCCACCUUUAUUCUAUGGCCAAGUUACACACACUCCAGUGGAAAAGGUUGGAAAAUUGCAAUCUGAUCUUCAAUCCUACUUCACCAAGAACCCAGGUGAGCCAUUAGGCAAUGUUGCAGUUGGAAGUUUCUGCUGUACCAAGUAUGUAGAUGGAGGCUGGUAUAGAGGAAUGAUCACCUCCCUGAGUGGUGGCCAAGCUACCGUGGCAUUUGUUGAUUUCGGUGACAGCGUAGACAAGGCUACCCGUGAGCUGAAGGACAUGCCUGCCAGUCUGGCUUCCCUCGCUCAGCAGUGCUUACUCUGCAAGGUGGAGAAUGUACCACAGUCCAGCAAACUAGAGACGGCCCUUGUCAACAACCGCGUUGAUGUAAAGCUGACCAGAAAGGAAGAUGGUGCAUUCCCGACGUAUGGCUGUGAUAUCGUGGACAGUGCCUUGUUGGAGAAGAUUCAGGACCGGCCAGUGUUUAAGGGCGCAUCAACCCGUACUAUGAGCAGACAACAGAGGGAGGACAGGCAGAGCCCAAGUGCCCUGCCGAGUGCCUUCAAGAAGCUCAAUAUGGCUGUUGGCAGCACACAGGAAGUGAUGGUCACCUAUGUCAAGGAUCCUGACAGAUUCCAGGUCGUGUUAGAGAGUAACACCGAACAGCUGAAUGAGUUGAUGGACAAGCUACAUGAGCACUAUGACAAGCUGGCCCCAGGUUCUGAAUCCCUUCAAGGGACCAAAAUGGGUGACCCCUGUGUGGCACAGUUCUCAGAUGACAAGGGAUGGUACAGGGCUAUUAUCACCGGCCUGAAGGCUGAUGGUUUGGCAGAGGUUAACUUUGUUGACUACGGUAACAACGAGUACACACAGAGGGAGGCCUUAAAGACGAUCAAACCUGAGUUUCUCUCCUUCCCUGCACAGGCUGUACAGUGCUGUCUUGCAGGUGUUUCAAGCAGUCAAGGUUUCUGGUCCCCGGAGCACACUGUCCAGUUCACAGAAAUGGUGGAGGAGCAGACAUUCGUGGCCACUUUCAAAUCUGACCGGCCUGAUCAGGGGGAGACCAUUUACAGCGUGGAGCUAGUUGACAAGGCUGGGGUUAACAUUAACCAGAAGUUUGGAUCCAUGACGAACACACUGGCCCAGACUGGGGGUGGCAGAGGAUCAAGGAAUGUGUCAGCACCCAGCGGUUUUGGAUCCGACAUGAAAGUCACUGUGAACAAUGCAGGCGGGGACUCUGGCUGGGAUGAUGGGGGCUCAUCAGGAUUUGGAGGGAAAAAACCUUUUGGAGGUGGUGGGGGAGGCUUCAGUUCUUCUGGUGGUGACUCGGGUGGAUCAGGAUUUGGAGCAAAGAAAGGUUUUGGUAGCGGAGGAGGAGGAGGCUUUGGCAGCAGCGCUGGUGGUGGAUUUGGUGGUGGCCGUGGUGGAUCAGGUAGCAGCAGCAGUGGUGGUGGAUUUGGUGGAAGCAGCAGCGGGGGUUUUGGUAGUGGUGGAAGUGGAUUCGGUAGCGGCGGGGGCCAAGGUGGUGGUGGUGGAUUUGGUGGUGGUCGUGGUGGAUCUGGUAGCAACAGCAGUGGUGGCGGAUUUGGUGGAAGCAGCGGUGGUGGUUUCGGUAGUGGUGGCAGUGGAUUCGGUAGCGGUGGGGGACAAGGUGGUGGUUUUGGAAGUUCUGGAGGUGGGAGUAAGGACUGCUUCAAGUGCGGUGAGGCUGGACAUUUCUCCCGGGAAUGCCCUAAUGCUGCUAGAGGUGGAGGGGGAGGUAGCCGUGACUGUUUCAAAUGUGGGGAGAGUGGCCACAUGGCACGUGACUGUCCAAACCCACAGAAAGCUGGAGGAGGAGGUGGUGGUGGUCGAGAGUGUUACAAAUGUGGAGAAGCCGGACAUAUGGCCCGGGACUGCACUAACCCACCUAAAGCUGGAGGUAGCAGUGGCAGUUUUGAGUGCUACAAGUGUGGAGAGGGCGGACAUAUGGCCAGGGACUGCACUAACCCACCUAAAGCUGGAGGCGGCGGUGGUGGUCGAGAAUGUUACAAGUGUGGAGAAGGCGGACAUAUGGCCCGGGACUGCACCAACCCACCUAAAGCUGGAGGUGGCGGUGGUGGUCGAGAGUGCUACAAGUGUGGAGAAGGCGGACAUAUGGCCCGGGACUGCACCAACCCACCUAAAGAGGGAGCUGGUCCAAGACGUGGUGGUGGAUUUGGCAGUAGUGGCGGGGGAUUUGGCAGCAACAGCGGUGGAGGAUUCGGCUCUAGCAGUGGGGGAGACAAUUGGGGGGACGGAGCUUCUACUGGCUCAUCUGGAGGAUUUGGAUCAAAAGGCGGUGGAUUUGGUGCAAAAGGAGGAGGAGGGGGCUUUGGCUCAAGUGGUGGUGGAUUCGGAUCGAAAGGGGGUGGAUUUGGAGCAAAGUCUUCAGAAGAUAACUGGGGUGACUCUAGUAGCAGUGGAGGAGGAGGAAAGCCAGGUGGAGGAUUUGGAGGAGGGGGAUUUCAAAAGAAAGGAGGUGGGGAUGGGGGAUUUGGUAGCAAGCCUGCAGGGGGAUUUGGAAGCAAGCCUGCAGGGGGAUUUGGAAGCAAGCCUGCUGGGGGAUUUGGCGGUGCUCCUACACAAAGUGCUGGCUCUGAUGAUUGGGACACUGAGGCAACACCUGCAGCACCAAGUUCUAGCUUUGGACAGUCAACACAGCCCAUUGGAGUUGCCUCGGGCCGGGGAGGGAAAAGUGAUGUGUAUAACCCUCACACACUUGAAGUGAAAGACAUGGUUGAUGUGUAUGUUGUCUUCACCACUAGCCCUGACCAGUUUUACUGUCAAGUGAUAAAAAAUUGUCCCAGUCUUGAAGGACUGAUGGAAGAAAUGAAUACCUACUAUAAUGGGCUUGGGGACACUGAAAUGGUACUUCCGAAUGUUGAGGUUGGUGCGCCAUGUGCGGCAAAGUUCACAGAGGAUAAUAUGUGGUACAGGGCUGAGAUCACCACACCAGGACAGUCAGAAGUUGAGGUCCUCUUUGUGGAUUAUGGAAAUUCUCAGAAAAUUACAACAUCCAAACUUAAACAGUUGAAACCUGAGUUUAUGAAGCUUGAAACACAAGGAUUGAGGUGUGCUCUAGAUGGGAUACGAUCUGCAGAUAAAAGUUGGACUGACAAAGCUAUAGAAGACUUUGAAGAUUUGACAAUAGAUAAACAUCUUGUAGCCAAAGUUGUUGGUAAGAGUGGAGGUUUAUGCUACAUGCUAGAUCUAGACAACACAGAAGACAAGGUGAAUAUUGGUGUUGCAAUGUGUGACAAAGGACAUUGUUCAUUCACUGCUCCCAAAUCUUCUCCAGUUAAAGAACAAGUGUUGAAUAACCCUUUCCCAGAUGCUGGACUGGAGGUUGGCUCAGAGCUGGACGUGUAUGUAUCAUGGGUAGAAAACCCCGAGAGGUUCUGGGUGCAACCAGUUAGCCAGGAAGACAGCCUUGUUGAGUUUGUAGACAACAUCCAGGGGGUUUACACCACUGGCCCAGGACAGGAUUUGAAACUUGAAUCAGUGUCAGUGAACCAAGCAGUUAUAGCCUUGUUCUCUGAAGAUAAUGCCUGGUAUAGGGGAAAUGUGGAAAAAGUCAUGGAAAUGGAAUGUCAAGUGAGAUUUGUGGAUUAUGGUAAUACUGACAAAGCAGCAAAAGCGUCGUUACGAAAACCAACAGAGGAGUUACUAAAAGAGAAAUCGCAAGCAGCUAUGUGUAAACUUGCAGGUGUGAAGCCUCUGCAAGGUUCAAAAUACAUUUCUGAUGCUCAUGACAUUUUUGACAGUCUUGUGAAGGACGCUGUAGUAAAGUGUAAGGUUGUUGAUGUAAAGAGUGGACAUUAUGAAGUUGAGCUGUCAGUGGAAGGUAUUGAUGUCAAGAAGAGUCUGGUCAGUUCUGCUGUAGUGAAAGAAUAUAAGGUAGCAGCCCCUGCAAGUCCUCAAACAGACCAGCCUACACUGAACUUCCCUCCAGCUGUGGAAAUUUUCCCAGGAACCACUGAGACCAUGUAUGUAUCCCAUACUGAUUCUGUCGCCAGUUUCUGGUGCCAAGUGGUAAAGUAUGAGAUGGAACUAGAAGACCUUAUGGCUAAGCUUGAAGCUCAUUGCAAGUCCAACUCAGGUGUUUCAAGUUUUUACACAGAUAUGGCAUGUGCUGCCAAGUUCAGUGCAGAUAGCAACUGGUACCGAGCGAAGGUAACGGCAGCAUACCCAGACAGUGUGGAAGUCCUCUUUGUGGAUUACGGAAACUCAGAGAAGGUACAGAAGUUUGACAUCUGUUUGCUGUCAGAGGAUCUUGUGAGCCUGCCUCCUCAGGCCAUUCAGUGUGAACUCCAGAACUCUAACAAGGCCAGUAACCAGCUUACUGCCAAGUUUACCAAGCUGGUAGAGGAUCAAAACCUGCAAGCUACAGUAUUGGACAAACAGGACAUCUAUGUUGUGAAGCUUGUGCUACCUGAUGGACAGAAUGUGGCAGAGGUUUUAGAACUAGUCGACAUGAGAACCAGUGUUGAUACUGUGAGCACUGAGCCAACUGCUCAGCCACGAACCCAGAACCAGCCAACUCAACAGUUUGUUGUUCCUGAACUUCCAAAGUCAUGCUCCAUUUUCUUGUCAAACAUUAUGUCACCUGGCGAAUUCUUUGUUCAGAGAGGGGACCAGGAGUCUGCUUUAGCUGAGCUGAUGGACAAAAUCACAGACCACUGUAAAUCUGCUACAUGUGUGGGUUCUCUGUCUGAGGGUAUAACAUGCUGUGCAAUGUUCUCAGAAGAUAAUGCUUGGUAUAGAGCUAAAGUUUUGAAAUGUCGAGGAGAAAAGGCUACAGUUGAGUUUGUCGAUUAUGGCAAUUCCGAGGAAACAAGUACUGAAAAUCUAAAAACUAUUUCAACUGAACUAAUGCAUGAUCCAGUCUAUGCCCUCAAGUGCAACCUGCACGGAGUAAAGCCAUGUGGGAACACUUGGUCAGACGAAGCAAUUGCGAAGUUUGAAGAAUUGACUCUGGAGAAAGAACUGCUGUGUGAAGUAGUUGAGGGCUGUCAUGUGAAGCUGGUGGUUGAUGGUGCAAGUGUCGGAGAUGCCUUGAUAAGCAAUGGCAUGGCAUUGGCAGUUGAACAGUUGUUGGGUACUACAGAAGAGACGCCAGAAAUUAGGCAAGCGGAAACUGGUUUUCCGAGAUACACUUACAUGAUGCCAUGCAUACCAGCGGAGGAAACUCCAGUGUACAUCAGCCAUGUUAAUAAUCCAGGAGAGUUCUUUGUUCAGAUGGUUAACAGGGAAGAACAGCUGAAUGCUCUAAUGGAAAAACUGGCACGCCUCUAUGAUGGUGAAAGCUCAACUGGGAAACAUAAUUGUAAGACUGUAUCAUUAGGUUCAGCAGUCAUUGCUAGAUAUUCUGAGGAAAAGGCGUUCUACAGAGCUGAAGUAUCAAGUGUGAAUGGGAAUAAGGCUACAGUAAUGUUUGUAGAUUAUGGCAACUCUGAAGAAACCACUAUUGGGUCUCUGAGGAUCCCUGAACUCGAUAUCCUUUCAGAACCUGUGUUUACCAUGAAAUGCAGUUUGAAUGGUGUAAAUCCUGUUGGUGGGACUUGGUCAGAGGACAGUCUAACUUUCUUUGAUGAACAGACCACAGAUAAGGAGUUCAUGUGUAAAUUUACAGCUGGCAAUAGAGUGAAUCUGACGAGUGAUGAAACAAACAUUGCUGAUGUCCUGGUUGCAAAAGGCUUCGCUGAAAAGGUGAAAGAUGCUGUAGAUCUUGGUCAAGCUGAAAAAGAGGUUGAAUCUGCGCAAUCUAGUCAGAGCAGAGUGAAGCUAGCAGAUCAGUUGCUUCCCUCGGAGCCAGUUACAGGGUUUGUGUCCCAUGUAGAUGAAGAUGGUACACUGUACAUUCAGCUUGGGGAACAGGAGGAUGUUCUAAACACUCUUGUGGAACAGAUACAGAACAUCGGUAGUUUACAACCUCUGGAGAUAUCGUGUAUGGCAGAAGGUGCGAUUGUGUGCGCUCAGUUCUCUGAUGAUAACAGUUGGUAUAGAGCCCAAGUUAUGUCAGUGGACUCUGGGUCAGUUAAGGUUCGGUUUGUGGAUUAUGGAAACUGUAAUACAAUCACCUCAUCAGAAAACCUAAGAGCUGUCACUCAACAGUAUACCUCUGCCCCACCCCUGGCCUACCCAUGUAGAAUUGUCACCUGUCAAACCAGUCUCACCACGGACAAGGUGGAGCAACUCACCACGUUAACAACAGACAAGGAGCUUACCGUGACCUUCACCUCUGGAGGUCCUAUAUACGCAGUGACCAUUGUGGAUGAUGAAGGGAAGGACCUAGCUGAGAGUUUGGGUUUUGGAGUCCAGCUUGAGGCUACAGAGGAACCAGUGACAGAGGAAACAGUCACUGCAGAUAGUGAAGCCAGAACAGAGUCCGCCAUAGAAAGUGCAAUAUCCCUGGAGUUUGUGGACACCACAAGUCAGCUGAGCAGAGAGACUGUCAUUGAAGGUCAGCGUGUGAAAGUACUGGUUAGUCACAGCGAGUCUCCUUCCAAUUUAUGGGUCCAGAAUGAGGCUGAGAAUCAAAAACUGGACGACCUUCUUAAUGCAAUGUUUGAAUUUUAUAGCGAGACUACAGAUAAAAGGUUAAAUUUAAACACUGCUAAAGAAGGGGAUGUGGUCGCAGCAUUGUCGUCCGACGAGUCAUGGUACCGUGCAAGUGUGAUCAAGCGAGAUGGGGAAAAUGUCACUGUGAUGUUUGUAGACUAUGGCAACACUGAGACAGUCACGUUGGAGAAUGUCAGAAAGCUGACGAAGGAGUUUGCUACCUUGCCUGUGCAGGGUGUUGCUGUGUGUCUGGGAGGGGUGCAGCCGAGUACAGAGGAGGGCUGGAGUACAGAAGCCAUCGCGGCAUUCACAGAGCUCACCACUGACAAGGUAUUACUGAUGGAUGUGAGUGAGGCAUUGAGCACUGAUUUGCCCAAGGUCCAACUGCUGGACAUGGGGAUGUCCGUGGCUGACGCCCUCCUUCAGCAAGGUAUAGGGGCCCAACAAGCCACACCUGUCGCUGUCAAUACAAAAGUGAAAAAGGUCUUCUCGCCAGAUCCAAAUGACGCAGUCAUUGCUAGGCUGUGUGAUGCCAAGUCCACAGGGGAAGUUGGAAAAUAUGGUUACCAAAUCCGCGACAUAGGCCUAGAUGACCCCUCCAUUGACGGUCAUGCAGUUGUUAUCACCGUGGCUACAGAUCCUGGUAACUUCUGGUGUCAGCUUGAUGAUGGAACAUACUUCUAUCACCAGGACAAGCUGCAGAACUCAUACAUAGAGGACAAGGAACCCUUGGCUGACCCUAAAAUAGGUGACCAGUGUAUAGCCCAAGUUAGUGAUGAGUUCCACAGAGCAUGCAUUACUGGCAAACUGGAAAACAGCUGUGACAUCUUCCUGGUAGACCUUGGGAAGAGAGCUGAUGGCCUGGUUAACUCCCAAUUGUUCCAGAUUAAACCUGAGUUCGCCACAUACCCUCAGCUGGCUUUCCAGUGCUCCCUGGCCUGUCUUAGCCCUGUUGAGACUGACACUUGGAAUGAUAAAGCCUGUAAGGUGUUUGAGCAUACUAUGCUUGAAAAAAGUGGAGAAGAAACGUUCCCUGUGCCGGCCAGAGCCACUGUUGUGGUUGUGGAAGAGGGGAAAGUGUUUGUGGAAGUGCAGGUCGGAAAGAAGGACUUGAGUGGUGUGUUGGUGGCGCAGAAUGUUGCAAAGUUUGAUGCAUUGCCUGAUAAUUCAGUUUUAGAGGAUAAACCUAAGAGGAAAGCUCUCAGAAACUUUGCUGAAGACUUUGGUACUUUUAAAAAUGUGAUAUUAGACUCCGACCAAGACUAUGAGGUUGUGUUGAUAGACUGUGAUGAUUUAGAUAAACUUGUGUUUCAUACAAAAUCCAGUUUGAGUACUGUGGAUGAGAUCAUGUGCAGUAUAGCUGAGUAUGUGGAAGGAAAACAAGGUGGGGAAGGUAUGGAGGAUGACUUCUGUGAAGGACCCUGCCUCGCCAAGUGCCCUGAAGACGGUCUCUGGUACAGGGCAAAUGCCCAGUCAGUGAAAACAACAGAAGCUGUGGAGAAAAAAAUCAAGGUGUUCCUUGUGGAUUAUGGGAGCACAUAUGUUAUACCUGUAUCACAUCUGCUGCCCUGCCCUGCCCCGCUCCAGGACACGCCCCCUGGUCAGGCAGUGUUCUGUUCCUUGGCAGAGAUCGAACCUGUGGAUGGUGGUGCAUGGAGUGAGGAGUGUGAGCUGUUCUUCUCAGAGUCAUAUGCCAGUGAUGGCAAGGAGAUGAAUAUGUACGUGAGCAGCUACAGUGGAGGUGUCCAUGAGGUGCUAGUUCACACCCUCGAGCAGACUGAUAAAUCUGUGAACCACCUUCUAGCGGAGCUCGGCAUGGCGGCACCCGUGGUCGGCUCCCAGCUAGAGAUGUCCAUACUGGCAGAUACUGCAGAAACAUCUUUCCAUGAGGUAUCUUUGUCAAGAAUGGAUUCCCUUGGUGACAGUUCUGAUAAUGGAGACACAAGCUUUGACCCAGAAAAUUACUCCUUGUUUACCGAAGGUGACACCUCAUGUAUUAGCAGUGUAGACACAUCACGGGUCACAGCAGGAGAUGCCAGCUGUCUUACUGAUGCUUCCUAUCUCACUGAGGGUGAUACAACAGGGUUUACUGAAGGUGACACAACUGGCCUGACAGACGCUGAUACCACAGGACUGACGGAGGGAGAUACAACCGGUCUGUCCGAGGGUGAUAUGACAGGAGCGCUGGAAAGUGAGGGUGACACAUCAGUCAACACGCUGGACGGCACACACUGGGUCUGUGAGGAUUGUCAGUGUGAAAACAACGUGGAUGAAUCCCUCGUUGAGUGUCUUCACUGCAGAAAAGUCCGCACAGGUGUGGAGAAUGUUGUCAACCAGGAUCCAGUCAAAGAAGACAACUUAAAGAAAGUACAUGAGAAUGGAGUGGCCUCUCCUGGCAGUGAACGAUCAUGUGACAGCGAUGGGUUGGAGUUUCAGGAUGCUGCUACAGAAAAAGAGGCUGUAAAGGAACGGGGCACCGCAGACGAUAGCGAGGAGUCUUUCCACGAUGCAGGUGAAGAGCAGGGGAAAGAUGCAUAGUGCUGGAGAUUCGAGAGCCAGGAUUUUAUAUGAUUAGAGGUUAAACUAGGUUUGAUAUAUUAUUGAGAAUUGUUUUCAACCAGGAAAGAGUUGUAUAAAGCUCCAAAGUUGUAGGACUUGUUGUUUGUGUUUAUUGAAUGAUGUCAGCUAUGUUCAAGCACUUACAAUCAUUCAUCAAGCCAUUUUUAUUUUAUUUUUUUAAAUUUCACGACUAAUGUUUCAUGAAGACAAAUGUAGGUUGCAAUGUUUUUAUUAUCUGUGUCAGAUUAUUCUUGCUUUGUAGUAAAGAUUAAGGUUAUAACAUUUAUUACUGUUUUUUGUCAUUGUAUGUUAAUAACACUUUAAAUGAGUUAUUGCCUGUUUAAAUGUUUUUGUUGUGUGCAUAUUAAUCAGUGCUAUUUAAUUCAGAUUUGCAAGGGUGAUUGUGAGGCUCCGUAUAUACAUGUAGUGUAAGCUUGUGUGUUUUUAAAAGAAAAGAAUGUUGAGGUAUGUCAGUCUGGGGGUGCUUUUGUGGUUAUCAGCUUGCAAGAACUUUAAUAUUGACACUAACUUAAAAAAGCAUUCAGAAUAUUGGAAUGAAACCUGUUACACAUGUUGCCAUAGACAUUUACAAGUCCCAUAACUCUGUCUGAAAUAAAUUUUACCAUUAAAAACAAGAGACAAGUUUUCGUGUUCUGUUCUCCGUGAUGCUUUUUCAUUGGACUUUAUAAUGCUAAUGGCUUUCUUAGACUAUUUAUGUACAUAUAUACAUUUAUGUAACCACCACAGCAAGCUUUGUUAAAAUGUUUUGUUUGAGAUUAGUGUUCUCCUUGAAAAUGUUCAUGUACAUUAUAUACACAACUAUAUCAGUGCUUUAUCUGAAGAAAGAUUCACUGUUCUGUUUGAAUAAUCAUGUUCAAUUGUGUUAAUCAACAUUUUUCUUUUUCACUACAUAUUAAAAAAAAAUGUUUAUACAUUAUAAUAGAUGAUUUUGUAACCAUUAUGUAAGCUAGAAAAACGUGUUCUUGAAAACACCUGUAUGGCUUCAAAAUUGCAUCAAAUGUAUAGAGUACCUUUUGUUUUUGUUGCAAAUAUAGUAUACCAUGGACAAAUCAUUAAGUCCUCUGUUCUGUUCACUGUUGAUAGUUUUUCUGUUAUGUUUGGACUGUUUUUGAUUACUCGGCAUAUUGCCUAUUCUAUUAUGUUGUAUAUUAUUAAUCUUGGUGAAAUUUCACUUGUAUUAAUGUUUGAACUUGAGUUUUAAAUAUAACCUGCAAUUUUGAAGAGAACACUUGAAAAUAAUCAACAUGCAUUUGUAUUUAGGCUCAAAGAGCUCCUACAAAAUGUAGUUUAGAUCACUAUUUUAUGCUGUGGUACUUAAACUAAAUACUAAAAUCUAAAUUCUUUAAGCUUUCUUUAAAACCUAGUAUUACAACAAUUGGUGAACAAACAUGUAGUUAAAUCUGUUGUGCAAUCGUCUUAAAAUAUUUCAUUGUAACCACUUAAAUCAUGCUGUCCAUCUCCUUAAUAAAGUUUUGCUGUUCGAAACCUUG